ACGACAUGGCGGAGUGAUCGGUGCUGCUGUAAAGCCGUCGUUAGCCGCGUCCUAUAGCCUCUUCCUUUCCUUCCUUCCCUCUCUCCCUUCCUUCCCACGCGGGAUGAGAGGGACGCCAGGCGGCUGGAGCGCGGCUGCAGCUCUGGGAGGUGCGGGCGCAGCCGCUGGAGAAGGAGGCCUCUCUCGCCACAUGUUUCUCGCCACCGAGGGUUAAGGGCGAGAGACCCGCAGGCCUGGGUGCUUGAGAUGAGCAUUUGAACACAGCACAUGUCUAAGUAUGCAGUCUGCCAAUAUGCUUCUGAAAAAAAUUGUAAGAAGUUCUGUCCUCCCGUUUGCUGCACAACAUGGGGUGAAAAAGGAUUUGUUUCCACUCAGUAGAACUCUGAAUUUAUCACUUUGCAUGAAGCAGGACAAUUCAUGUAGUCCCUCAGAAAAACUAGAUUUAGAUGCGUGGAAGAAGGUCAUGAAAUCUGGGUUGCAAGAAGUCAAUGAGACGGUCUCUGAGUGUAAGGAGCCUGCCACUUUGGCUGCUGCACGUGAAACGCUGGAGAUGUGGAGACUAGCUGGCAAAUCAGUUCCAGAAAAUAUCACUGAAGAACAACUGAAAACCUUUAUCGAAUGUACUUCCAAGUCAGCCCAAAAGAAAUAUUUAAGAUAUUUGCAUCUCAAAGAACUUCACAAGAAAAAUGACAAAAGAAAGAUGGAAGAGAAAAGGGAAAGGAGGCUGGAAGCACAAGAGCAAGCUUCAGAAACUGGUGUGACCAAAAAGAAUUCAUUCAUAUGUUUGUGGGCCAACUCUAUGGACAAAGUAUGCAAUUGGAGGGCUGCACAGUCGAUGGUCUUUGGCCAGCCACUUGUAUUUGACAUGUCCUUUGAAAAAGAUAUGUCUCUCCGAGAAGUGACAAACACAGUGAGACAGAUAGUACUGAGUGAAAGUACCAAUCGAAGGUCUACCGAUCCGUUCCACAUUCACUUCUGUAACUUCAAAGACAAUAGCCUCUAUCAUAAGGAAUUUAUCAAGCAUUACAGGGGGGCAUGGGACAAACUGCUUAUCACUGUGACAGACCAGUGCUACACAGAAGUCUUUCCAAAGGAAAAGCUUAUCUAUCUGACUGCUGAUUCUCCCAAAGUAAUGAAAACAUUUGAUCACAAUAAAAUCUAUAUUGUGGGGUCAAUGGUUGACAGGAACAUAAAAACAGGGGUCUCUUUGGCACGAGCAAAGCGACUGGGGCUGGAGACUGCAGCCCUUCCGUUAGAGAAGUACUUGCUCUGGAACACUGGUGCGAAAAAUCUCACACUGGAUCAAAUGAUGCACAUUUUAUUAACCUUGAAAGACACUGGAGACUGGAAGAAGGCUCUCGAAUUUGUUCCAAAAAGGAAAUACUGCGGCUUUGUAAACAAGCCUGUACAUGAACUGAAAAAAACCUUAAGCCUGAUCAACACUCUUAAACUUGGAAAGAGGCAGGAAGAAGUACGAGAGCAAUUUGCAAAGAACUACUCUAAGAAGCAAACAUAGAAGUAGAAUGAUGGAAAAGAGAAUUAUUUUUGUUGAUUGUUUGGUUUUUUAACAGGCAAACUGUGCCCUUGAAUGCUCUGAUUUCUCAGAACUUCUGAAACUCUAUUAAGCUCUUUUAUCUCUAAACAUGCCUUUGGUUAAGUUUGAAAGCACUGUAGUUAGGCUUUUUUUUUUU